AUGACUCCGGAAGAAAAGAAAAAAGUGGACAGAGAUUUACUUGGCUUAUUCAUAACCGAUUACCAGCCUUUUCGAAUAGUGGAAGAUGAGGGUUUUAAAAAUUUCGCUAAAAACAUACCAGGAUACACAUUGCCGAAUAGAAAAACAAUAUCUUCGGCAAUGAUUCCAGCGUUGUAUCACACCGACCUGGCAUCUUGGGAAAUUAACUCUUUCAUUUCACUUAAAUUAGUGAAAAUGAAAGAGUUAAUUUCCCAAGAUGCCAGGUCGAUCUGUAUUACAACCGAUAUUUGGACGUCUUCGCAAACUGAGAGCUUCAUUGGAGUGACUGCUCAUUACUUAGACUCCAACUUUAACCCAAAGCAGGUGUUAUUGGAGUGCAAAGGUUUAAAUGAAAGCCACACGAGCGCCAAUUUAGCAAGAGCAUUAAAAACAGUGACUGACGAGUGGAACGUUAGAAACAAAGUAAAUUUUGCAAUAUCAGAUAAUGCUCGUAGCAUAGUUAAGGCUAUUGAAACCGAGUUACAGUGGAAACAUUAUGGAUGUUAUGCACAUAGCCUAAACUUAAUAGUCGCGAGUGCGCUUAGACCAUUAGACGCACUAAUAGAAAAUGUAAAAAAAAUUGUGGCGCAUUUCAAUGGCAGUACAGGUGCAACAGAUAUGCUUCUCAGUUACCAAAUAAAGAACAUGGCGGACUGUGGUGAGCCCAAACGGCUAAUCCAACAAGUGCCAACGCGUUGGAACUCAAUAUUUUAUAUGUUGCGCCGGUUCGUUUUAUUAAAAGUAGCAGUUAAGCAUUGUAUGGCUCUAAUAGAACGAGAUUGGCCAGAAGUUAAUACAAUGGAUUGGGCAGUAAUGGGAGAAGUGUGCAAAGUUUUGCAACCCUUUGAGGAAGUCACUUCAACUAUGAGCGGUUCUCAUUAUCUAACUGGAAGCAUGGUAAUAGUCGUCACAAACUGUUUGAAAGAUAUUUGUGACGACUUUUUAAAUCCCGGAAAGUAUUGCUCGUGGUAUCCAGACGUGGAGGAAAUAAUCACAUCUUUAAAAAGUGGUUUAACUGAAAGAUUUUCUAGCGUAGAGCACACGAAUGUAAAUAUAGCUCAAAAUGUUAGUACUAGUGUAAGUGCUUGGGAUAAAUUUGACGAUUUAUUACGAAAAAAUAAACCGCAAGGAAAUGCUCAAGCGCGGGCCAUCAGGGAACUGCAGAUGUACCUAGACGAUGAGAUGUUGCCCCGUAAAGAUUUCGAAAGAAACUGGAAUAAUCCAGCGCAGUGGUGGAGAGACCAUAGGAUAAUUUAUCCACACCUCUCGGAACUCUAUCGAAAUAAGUGUAAUAUAGUUGCCACCUCAGUUCCGUGUGAGCGACUCUUUUCGAAGACAGGGCUUAUAAUAAAUGAAAGGAGAUGCCGUUUGAAAUCGAAGAAAGUGGAGCAGCUUGCAUUCUUAAAUGCAAAUCUGUCUUUAUCCAAAAAGAAG